UUUUUAUUCCGUAAAGGCCGUAAAGCGGUGGACGCUAAGCGAGAAAUAUGCACCGUGUAUGGUGCCAUGGCCUUAAGCGCGGACACAUGCGAAAGAUGGUUUGCCCACUUCCAUUCCGGAGAAUUUAACUUCCAAGAUGCACUACGCUCUGGAUGGCCAAAUGCUGCUGAUGACGACCAACUUCUGGCUGCAGUGAAAAGUGAUCGGCACUUAACGACUCGAGAGAUUGCGGAGCGCUUCGGCAUUCAUCAUACAAUCGUUGUGGACCGAUUGAAAAAGCUAGACCCAUUUCUGAAACGGAUCAUCACUGGAGAUGAGAAAUGGGUUGUCUACAAUAACAUCAAGCAGCAGAAAUCGUGGUGCGGUCUGGACGAGUCUUUAAAAACGAUGGCGAAAUCUGAUUUGCAUCCGCAGAAGGUGAUGCUCAGCAUUUGAUGGGACUAUAAAGGAGUGUUGUUCUUCGAGCUGCUCCCGC